AAUGGAAAUGAUGUUUUACAAAAAUAUUUUGUAAUAACCUAACAGUUUUACUUAGUUUUCAGCCAUUGUACACGAAAGAAAUAUUUCGUACUUAACAGUUUUUUAAACGUCGGUCAGAAUGUUUGGAACUUGCCACAAGCUACUGAAAGGAAUAAGUAUUGGCGUAAACGCGAGGUAUAUGGGUAGGUUCCGAACAAACAGAUUUAACCCAUGGACCAAUUUGCAAAAAACCAUUGGCCAAAAAAAGCCGGAAGCAGUAGAUGCAGACGUGUCGGCGUUUAAAAGCAAGCAUUUGGUUAACAUACCGAACCCCUACGAAAAGGAAAAACGGUCGUGCAUYCUCUGCAAAAUGAACAUUAUCCCGGACUACAAGAACACCAGGAUGUUAUCGCAGUUUAUAUCCCGUUUUACUGGUCGCAUUUACGGUAGACACAUUACAGGUCUUUGCCGGCACAAACAGGAGCACGUUGAAAAAGAAAUUAAAAAAUCCAGGGAAGCGGGUUUGAUGCCUUUUUAUUUCAGGAAUCCAGAAUUUAGCCAUGAUCCUAAACUGUUCGACCCUGACAAUCCGUUUAGACCUCAUAGUUAUUAGUGUUAUAAAAUCAUAUAAAAAUUAAUGUUUAUUCAAAAUCAAUUGUUCAGUUCAAUAAUAAUAAAAUGUAGAUGUGUGUUUUAUAUGAAAGUAUACAUGUAUGUGCAUUGUGMAUUAGUUUCUAUAAAUUAAACUGGUAUGUCCUUUUUCACACGAAA